CUGUACUGUGUCUGCAGUCUCUGGUCAUCUCCUGUACUGUGUCUGCAGUCUCUGGUCAUCUCCUGUACUGUGUCUGCGGUCUCUGGUCAUCCCCUGUACUGUGUCCGCAGUCUCUGGUCAUCUCCUGUACAGUGUCUGCAGUCUCUGGUCAUCUCCUGUACUAUGUCUGCAGUCUCUGUCCCUGUGUCUACUGUGUCUGCAGUCUCUGGUCAUCUCCUGUACUGUGUCUGCAGUCCCUGGUCAUUUCCUGUACUAUGUCUGCAGUCCAUUGGUUCAGAAUAUUUGUUUUCUUGUUUUUCUCCUCUAAAACCUAGGUGCGUCUUAUGGUCAGGUGCAUCUUAUGGAGCGAAAAUUAGGGUACCUUUUCUCAUCAGCAGUUAGCAGUCU